GUAUACAUAGUGAGAAAUAAAUCCACUCACCCUGUGUCUACAGGACAGAAGCAGAUGCAUGCUAAGUAUUAAUGUGCUCCGGCCUCUGCUGCAGUGGGCAUUUUGCCAGCGUCUCAUGCACAUUCAGAGUUUGGCCUGCUGCGCGAUGUUUGGAGCGUUCAUUCUGCCUCGCUUGUUUUCAGGCUGGUCUGGAAUGUUGACUCACUCCAUCUCUCCGGCACAUCGGGAAGCGGGCACAUGGCGCGAGGAAGCUCUCAUCAUCACUGCAUCAGGGAGACAGGUAUUGACUGAGCACUGAGCAGUCCAGAUAUUGAUUCAAAGCACAGCCUCAGCCUCUCUAGUGUGUGUGUGUCUGUGUGUGUGUGUUUCUCCCACCGGGGCGGCUGGUUACGUCCUUCUGGUUCAUUGCAUUUAAUCGGAUUCCCUGAGCUGCAGAGCAGAGGCAGAGAAUCAGCUCAAAAAUCCAUCUCCCUCCCUCGACAAUGUUCACUUCAAAAUCCAACACGGUGUCUCCUUCGCCAUCGAUGGAACCUGCCGAUUCGGAUGCCUUGGAUAUCAGCACCAAAGUGCAGCUGUAUGGAGUGCUCUGGAAGAGACCCUUUGGGAGACCCUCAGCCAAGUGGUCCAGGAGGUUCUUUAUCAUCAAGGAGAGUUUUCUGCUUUACUAUGCUGAGAAUGAAAAGAAGAACUUUGAAAACAAUCGCUACUUUAAUAUCCACCCUAAAGGUGUCAUACCUCUGGGCGGCUGCAUCGUUGAAGCUAAAGAAGAGCCAAACAUGCCUUAUGCAAUGAAAAUCUCCCAUGAGGACUUCCACGGUACCAUUGUCCUGGCAGCAGAAUCAGAAUAUGAACAAGCCCAGUGGCUGGAAAUGCUACAGGAGUCCGGGAAAGUGACCUGGAGAAACGCUCAGCUGGGAGAAGCCAUGAUUGAGAGCCUCGAAGCCCAGGGACUCCAGCUGGCCAAGGAGAAGCAGGAGUAUUUAGAUAAACUGAUGGAAGAGACGGAAGAGCUGUGUCUACAGAGGGAGCAGAGAGAGGCUCUGGAGCACCUCAACCAAGUACUGGAGGCAGAGAAGCAGCAGUUUGAGGAGGUGGUGCAAGAUUUGCGAGUGGAGCAAGAGCAGAUUAAACGGGAGCUGGAGAUGACUGCCCAGUCCCUCAAAGGAGUGGAGGAGGAAAAGAAAGGACUCCGAAACCUGACAGAAACAUUGCAGAAGACCCUGGAAGCGCUCUCCCUGGAAAAGCAACGGACUCUGGAAAUGCUGGAAGAGAACCAGAGCGAGUUGCAGCCCCCGACCAGCCCUAGCUGUGAGCAACCUGAUGCUGCCGGGGGUCUGCAGAGCAGCUUGCACCAGAUCGAGGAGAAAAUGCACCAGCUGCUGGAGGAGAAACUCCUGGCUGAGAAAAGGAUGAAGGAGAAUGAAGAACGCUCCCGAGCUCUAGAGGAGGAGCGGGAGUUCUACUCUUCCCAGUCGCAGGCCUUGCAGAAUUCGCUCUCAGAGCUGACUGCUGAGAAGCAGCAAACCGAGCGAGAUCUCAAGGCAGAGGUGAAGGUUCGCAUGGACCUGGAGAAGCGUUUACAGGAGGCUGAGGAGGCCCUGCAGAGCCUGGAGCAAGGCCUGAACUGCAAGCACCGUAACAAAGAGAAGGAGGAAAAAAUGAAAGCCGACGUCAGCAAUCUGAAAAAAUUCUUUGAAGAGUGCAUCCGAAAUGCUGAAUUGGAAGCCAAGAUGCCCGUGAUCAUGAAGAACUCUGUGUACCUCCACAAGGCGGCCACUCGCAGGAUAAAAAGCUGCCGUUUCCAUCGCAGGAGAUCCAGCAACUCCUGGCUUGACUUGCGGCAGUCCCAGUCGUUCAUGUAUUCGGAGGCCGAGAGCAUAGAAGACCUGAAGCAAGCGGCCAAGAGGCUGACUCAGGACCAGCACUUCCGGGAGACCAUCUAUCAGAUCAUGAUAUCGCGCCAGAGCUCCUCCUCAGGCAACAAAAAGUGAACUUUUGCUCCUUCUCUUGGGAGGGAGAGUCUGAACUCAGCUUGCCACUAUUCCACUCGGCCAAAAACCAAAUUGUUGCGAUGAGGAGGCGGAAAUGAGAUGCCCGCUGGCAGUGCGCUCUUUCUGAGGGAAUGAUGGGCGGUGACUAGAACACUCUCCAUUGGUGGAGGUUGUGGUUUGCCGCCAUUCCUGAGGGGAGAGGAGCCGUUUUGCCAAGCAUGUUAUGACUUGUCUGCCAGCUGCCCCGUCCCAUCAGCUGAGACUCCCAGUUAGAUGUGCUUUGUCAAUACUCCAUAGUUUGCCUCAAAUCAAAACCACAGCUUACAC